UGCCCGGCGUGGGGCGGCUCCCAUUGCAGGCGGCCGGGAAGUGAGGUCACAGCUCGGGCGGUUUAAGGGAGGCCGGGAGCCCGCGGGCGCGCGGCAGGGCGCGCUCCCGCCCCGCCGGGGAUACCCAGCCCGCCGCCAUGGGCCAGGGCAGGCUCCCGGCCCGCCUGGGGCUGGCCUGCUGCCUCCUGCUGCUGCUGCUGCUGGGGGGCUCGGGGGGCCAAGGGGUGCCACGGAGGCCCUGGGAAGAGGAGCAGGGCUCUGCGGCAGAGCGGGGACCGUGGGGCAGGGCGAGGUAUGAAGCUGUGAAGAAGCACUUGGGAGCUGUGGGUGCUCUCUCCAAGCAGUGUUGGCAGUACCUGGCGUGCAAGGUGUGGCAAGAGGGCUGCGAAGGGGAGAAGGAGGAGGAAGAGUCCAGCCCCGGCCCAGGCUGGAGCUUGCCCCUGGUGGGCCAGGAUUACCUGGAGAUCCUCUCUGCCUGGUACUGCAGCUUCGGCAAGUGCUGCAAGACAGGAGACUGCAGGAUAGUCAACAAUAUCACGGGGCUAGAAGCGGACCUCAACAAGCAGCUCCAUGGGCAGCACUUGGCCAAAGAAAUUGUCGUCCAGGCGGUGCAAGGGUUUCUGCAGAGCCCGCAGCCACAGAAGGCUCUGGUCCUCUCCUUCCAUGGCUGGUCCGGCACAGGCAAGAACUUUGUGGCCCGGAUGCUGGCCAGUCACCUGUACCGGGAUGGGCUGAAGAGCAAGUGUGUCAGGGUGUUCAUCUCGCUCUUCCACUUCCCCCAUCACAAGUACAUGGACUCGUACAAGGCUCAGCUGAAGAAGCAGAUAAGCGAGACUGUGCAGCUCUGCAAGCAGUCCCUGUUCAUCUUUGAUGAGGCAGAGAAACUUCAUUUCAGCCUCCUGGAUGCCAUCAAGCCUUUCAUGGCUCGCUAUGACAAUAAGGGCCAGGCGGAUUAUCGAAGAUCCAUCUUCCUCUUCCUCAGCAAUCUCGGUGGCAACGCCAUCAAUGAGGUAGCCCUGGACUUCUGGCGAGCCGGCCGGGCACGGGAGGAGAUCUCCAUGGAGUUCCUGGAGCAGCGGCUGCAGCUGGAGCUGCAGGAGCCUGCAGAGAAUUAUGCCCGCAGCCACCUCCUCGAAGAGAACCUCAUUGAUUUCUUUGUGCCAUUCCUGCCCCUGGAGUACCCACACGUGAAGCUCUGUGCGCGGGAUGCUUUCCUGGCCCGUGGACUUCCGUACACUGAGGCAGCCCUCGAUGAGGUGGCCAGGAUGAUGGUGUUUGUCCCCAAAGAGGAGAAGCUUUUCUCUGCACAGGGCUGUAAAUCUGUAUCCCAGCGCAUCAAUUACUUCCUUCCCUGAACACCAGGUGGGACUACACCAGUGGUGAAGGUGGUUCUGCACACUAGGAGCUGCUCCUUGCACAAGCUCAGGCAAGCAGGUUGCCCAGCCGUGCACUUGCACAGGGACAGAGACAACGCUUUGUUACUCCAAGGGCUGUUUGCAGGGAAGGAGGCGCACCCUGCCCAGCCGUACGCCUGGGACACGAGGACAGCCUGCGCUUGGCUGCGUUUUAACUCUGUCUGGUGUUUAAGUCCCUUCCUCUAGCAGGUUGUAGCAAUUAGGUUGUGCUGACAGGUGCUUUGUUUGACGUGAGCAGGGAUGUUGAGUCCUUGGUUUGUUAGCAUGCAAGGAGGGCCUUGGACACACUGGCCCUGGUGAGACAGUCCAGCAGAAGCCACGUCCUCAUCCCCGUCCCCAGUUUUCGCUGUCACUUUACAAGCUUUCAAACUGCACAGACCUGUUUAGCUGGAGUUGUUGGUGUCCCCCCCCCGCCCCCCGCUGCUGUCCUGCACUCUCAAGGCCUCUGCUGCGCAGGGCCACACGUGCCAGGAUCGCAGUUUGUGCAGGGAGGCCCUUGCAUAGGAAAAUGGCUGAAUCCUCGCCUCUGGCGAUGUCGAAGCCAUAGCCUCUCGCUUUGGCGUGCCCCUCUCUUGUUAGAGCCUUUCGUUGUAUGGAAGCAGCUGCAGGGAUGAGGCAAGCUUGUGCUGAAAUUCUUUUUCUAACCAGUUUGGUGAAAAGCUUGUUUGCUUCAUUGCAAAAUGAAGAAAAAGGGGAGACUAAUUCCCCUUUCAAGGGCAAAGGGCAGUUGAGCAGGAUGGUGGCUGAAGGAACCGACUGCAGUUGAAUUCAGGUUUUCACGGACCCAGUGAGCUUUGGGUACUUUUUUUUUUCCUGGCAGCUCCCCCCUGCCCCCCCACCGGCUGUUGAAUGCUGUGGGUUGUUGUUUUUUUUUUGCUGGUAUCAGCAUUACUAUGCUACGGGGCUGUUUGCUGUCUGGGUACUUGCCAGGUGAUAAGUAUGUUACAGCAGGACCAAAAAAUUUCAACAGCAUUAUGGGAAUCGCUUUGUGACCUCUAGGUCAAAACUCCCUUCCAGCACUGCUGGGCUGGGUGAUGAGGUGAACCAGCACAUGCCAAGGACAGGGCUGAGCUCCCUGGGCCCUCAACCCGUGUGCAGACCUUUGAUCUAUUUUAAGCUUUGAACCUCUCAGCGGUGCCGGCGAUGAGCAGCGCAACCUCUGGGAAAAGAUUGACCAGACACGCUUACCCCCCUGCAGACUUUGAGCCCGCAGUUCCCUGCCCGGGCACGCUGACUGUUGGCUAGCAAGGCUUCACGGGCCAAGGCAGGAAGGCGAGCCAGCUGCUUUCUUACUGCUCCACUGAUGCAAAGUUAGUUUAAACUUACCUGUUGGCUCUAGACUGGACCUCAGGGCCUGUGCCAGUGUGCGAGGUUACCUGGAAGUUCUCAGACUUGGUUUGUGGAUAAUCUUGUAAUCACGAGUGUCAGGACUGAAGCGUCAGCCUGGGAGAGAGCAGCGGGCGCUCCGCCCAGGGAGGCAGCUGGGGAAGGGCGGCUGCAAGCCCCACGGAGGACACAACUCGGCUUGUGUUCUAUAACCUGGGCAGAAAGUUGUUAGUUAGCUGAAGGUUAGUUGUCUAGGCCAGGAUAACCUAUGAUUUUUUUUUUUUUUUCCCAAAAAAUGUAAAAGACUCCUCAGCUGUCCGGGUUAAACCGAGGCUGCUUGGGGUGGGCGGGAGUCAGUCUGGCAGCCGUUUCACCAGUGCGGGGCUGGGGUGGCGUUGGCACGUUAUGCAGGCCUUGCUGAAGAAGGAGGUGGUGGUGUUCCCGAUGAGGGCAAUGUCAAACUGAUGAUGGAAGGCCUGCGCGCUGCCAGGUCAGGCUUGUGUAUGUUUGAGAAUUAAGUGCUUGCUUAUGCAACCCCAACAGCAAGAACCAGUUUCCUCUGACCACUCCACGGCAAAGUUAAGUUUAAUUUUAAGGGCAUAAAUAAAGAGUCUGCUUUUCUUUGCAAUCUGGCAGAAUUAAAAUAUUUUUCUUUUUAA